AUGGAGAUAUGUUGGCGGAAAUUACCGAACAAACUCUUCGAAAGAAAAAACGUAAUACUGUCUGGUGUUCCGGAACCAAAAUCGAGUGAUUCUAAGAAACGUCAUACCCAUGAUAAAGAAGAGGUAUUAAAAACUUCUAAGGACUGCCCUGUACCUACCAAAGUUAUAAGAAUCGGAAAAUAUAAACCAAACAAUAUUCGUGCUAUUAAAGUACACUUCGAAUUAGAACAAUCGGCCAAGUUAACAGAAACGAAACAGAAACAAGUUGAAGAACGAUCAAUUAAAGAUCUUCCCGGAUCAAACACCUUUUCAGCAAGCGCAAUACAAAAAUCUUAA